GAGACGUCGAUCCGUCCGCACGGGAGGAAUACCGUUACAUUCCAGAUUCCACCAAGAGCGGCCUGGAUCUUGACGGCGGGAUAUCGCUGCGGCUUGCAGCAACACCUCUGCAGCUCAGCACACAUCCAGCCUCGAAAUCCAGUCGCAUUCCUCUUGCACAAGCUGUCUGUCUUCGUCUCAAUUCGACUGAGAUCGAUCCUUUCCCACAUCAGGUGCAAUGGGCUGCGGAGGCUCGAAAGAAAAUAAGACGCCGGCGGACGCGGAGAUCCAGCAGCCUGUCCGUAAGGUGCGUACCAACUUUAGCGACAUCCACUACGACGAGCCUGCCUCGGGGCGACGCGACACCGUAUACGCGCCAUCCGAGAUUCCGGAGUCGCGCAGACCGACCGAGAUCCCAGAGGAGGGCCAAGCGUCGCCUCCGGCGGCCACGUUUGUUGGCACGGAUGGUAUGCUCAGUCCCGGAUCGCCAGCCUCGCCCGCUGUAGGGCGAAGGCGGAGUUGGUACGAGAAAUACAAAGAGAUGACGAAGAAUAAGAGCAUUAGCGAUGAGGAUAUGAAGAGAGUUCUUGGCAUGAACAGAGCGGAACUUGAGCAAUGGGCAAAGGACCGUCCGGGAAUCGGGCCUAGGCAAGAGAGUCAAUUUGCGGGUGACGUAGGAUAUAUGGGCAGCGGCGGUGAUUCAGGAUGAUGUGUGUACGACGUUAACUUUCCUCCAAGUAGCAUGUCUUGUGGUUCAUGAUGUGGCAUUUAUUCUGUGCGGAGACGUUCAAACGUCUGCAUUUAUUGCGUUUUGGCGGUGAGGAACGAGUUUAUGUACAUACACGACGAGCUAAUUUACGAACGCGUGACCUGUGCUAGAUAGGUUAUAUUGUUCCUAUUGCCGACGAUGUCGCUUGCCGUUUGACCUUGGUUCGAAUUCGAACUGCU